CCGUCCCAUAAUUUGUUUUGAGGCUCGAAUUUUACAGCAAAACUCGACGUCUCUACACUAUGGACCCAGCAUCAGCUCCAGAGUUUGACCCGGCGAAGCCCAAUGGCGGCAACCCGGACCAAGAAAAUGUCAACCUCCAGUAUACUGGACUGGAGUUCCAUUACGUCUAUUUGAUGAUAAUGGCCUUCCUAGUCUUCCUGAUCAUACCAGGAAUCGGUUUCCUAUACUCUGGUCUUGCACGCCGCAAGUCUGCCUUAUCAUUGCUCUUUCAGUCGUUUGCUGUGAUGGGCGUCGUGACCUUCCAGUGGAUGUUCUGGGGCUAUUCAUUGGCCUACUCCCGUACUGCUGGCCCCUUUAUUGGAAACAUGGCCAAUUUCGGUCUCAAAGAUGUGAUGUCUGCACCAUCACCUGGAUCACCACUCUUGCCAGAGAUCGUCUUCUGCUUGUAUCAACUAUUGUUCUGCGCGUGUACUGUGCAGCUCGUUAUUGGUGGAUCUUUUGAGCGUGGACGUAUUCUACCAUCCAUGGUCUUUGCCUUUUGCUGGGCGACCAUUGUCUACUGCCCGAUUGCUUGCUGGACCUGGAACUCAAACGGCUGGUUGUUUAAUCUCCCUUCCCUUGACUUCGCCGGAGGUGGCCCUGUCCACAUCGCAUCUGGAUGGUCUGCACUCGCUUAUGCCUUCGUCCUCGGCAAGCGUCUCCACAAGGGUGACAAGAUCCACGGAAAGGCACAUAACCCCACACUAGUCUUCAUAGGUACCGUCUUUAUUUGGUUUGGAUGGUUUGGCUUCAACGGAGGCAGUGCGCUCAAUGCCAGCGUCCGCUCCAUGGUAGCUGCCUUCAACACUAACACUGCUGCCUCUUUCGGUGUGCUUGGCUGGGUCAUGGUGGAGUACGUCCGCACCAAAGGACACUUUUCCGUUGUUGGUGCUUGUUCAGGUGCCAUCGCUGGACUCGUAGGAAUUACGCCAGCUGCAGGAUACGUCUCUCUCUGGAUCGCCGCACUUAUCGGCUUCCUUACCGGUGCCAUCUGCUCUCUUUGCCAAAAUGUCGACAAGUGGAUCAAGAUCGACGAGGGCAUGGACGUCUUCAAACUGCAUGGAAUUGGCGGUAUGGUCGGAUCUUUCCUCACCGGUAUUUUUGCGCAAUCAUGGGUCUAUGAUCUCGAUGGUAUGGGCCCUUACGAUGCUCUCGGUGCCAUGGAUGGUGUCGGCGUCCAGGUCGGGCGUCAGCUCGCUGAGAUCGUCGCGAUCGCAUCUUAUUCGUUCGUCGUCUCGUGCAUCCUUUUGUACAUACUCAAGUUCAUCCCGGGCAUGCACCUUCGUGUUACCUCGGAGGCAGAGAUGAUGGGCCUGGACCUUGACCAAUUCGGAGACGAGCAAAUCGGUGACUGGAGCUUGAUGGAGCAGAACCACUACGAGGCAAAUGCUAGCAGUUCGAGCAGUCACACCGCACCAGCAGCUGCUGUUGGCAAACAGGCUUAGGUGGCGCAGAUGCAUUCACUCGGGUUGCUGUAAAGAGUAAUGUUGAUUUCAGGUUGCUACCGGAGAUAGUUUGGAUCCUCAAUUCCUAGCUGUAAUGCUUUAGAAUAUACCAAAAAUAUGUUAAGCAGUAAUAUAGAUCGAUCCCGUUCACAUUCAGCGAGCCAGGGCGAACACAUUCUGGACAUUCCAAUUUCGUGGCGCGUACUUUGUAUCCAUGGAAAAGUGGUCCUAGAUCAGUGCAAAGAUAGUCAAUACAUAAGUGAAUGC